AUGGAGAGCAAUAAUACAGACAACAAUAAUAUGGAUGAAAAUAUUAUGAAUAAUAAUAUGAAUAAUAAUAAUUAUAUGAAUAAUAAUAUGAAUAUUAAUAAUAAUAAAAAUAAUAUGAAUAAUAUGAAUAAUAGCAAUAAUAAUUGUAAUAAUAAUAUGAAUAAUUUUCAAAUUAAUAAUUCACAAUACAGCAACAAUAGUGGUUUUAAACCCCACAACACUAUGAUAUACAAAUAUAACAACAGUAGUAUUAAUGAAAAUAACUAUAAUCAUAGUGUAAACACAAUGAACAACCAUAAUAGUUAUAAUAAUAAUAAUUAUAAUAACUAUAAUAAUAAUCAUAGAUACAAUAAUCAUUGUUAUAAUAAUAGCUAUAAUAAUUAUAAUAAUAAUGGGAAUAAUAAUUAUAUAAACAUGGAUAAUAGCUAUAAUUAUGGUAGUAAUAAUUACUAUGGAAAAAAUAACUAUUUUUUAAAACUAUCAAUUAUUUUUUCACAAUUAAAAAAUAACUUUUUUUUUGUAUUGGCUUUUUUCUCAAUUUUUAUUAUAAUCUGCAAAAUAUCAAGUAUUAAAAAUACUUGGGCAAUCUAUUAUUCACUUACUAUCCCGUUCCCAACUUUUCCAUCAGAUUUGGCUUUAACUUUAAUUGUUUUUGGAAUAAUUUUAUCAUUCUUAUAUUUCAUCGGUUUAAUAUUAAUCGUUUGUAAAAAGUUUCCAAUAUCAUCGCCCUAUACAAUUAUAGCACCUUUAGUUCUUACCAUAGUUCUCGAUAUUAUUGUUAUAUCUAUUGGUUUAUUUUCAUCAAAAGAGAUAAAUAUCAAUGGUUCUUACUUGGAAUUUUAUUUUGCUGGAGGUGAAAAAUCCAUGAUUUGGAGCGGCACCCUUUUAUUUAUCAUCAGUACCAUUUUCAGCAUUUUCCUCAUUAUUUUAACAUUUUUAGUUAUCAAAAGUGAACUCAAACAAUCCCAAGAAGAAUCAUUUAAUAGAAAUAACAAUACCAACAACAACAACAACUAUGAACUUUUUCAGUCUAACCAAAUUCAAUCCGAUAAUAACUCUGAUAGCAAUGAUGAAAGUAAUAUAAGUCCAAAAAGUAAAGUAUUUUUAUUUUUAAUUUCAUUCACAAUCUCAAUAAUGAAGAUUAUAAGUAGCGAGGCUGUUUGGUCAGUAUUAUAUGUACCACGUCAAAGAUUUUUAAAUAUUGAUAUUCCAGAUUUCAUUUUUAAAACCUAUCCAUCUGGUAUUGUUUUGUUUUUUAUUAUUUCCGGUAUUAUAUUUUCAGUAAUUAAUAUUGUGGCUAUUACAUUAAAGUUCUAUACGAAACUAUUAAACUCCAUCUCAUUCAAUUUAUUGGUUAUCCCCAUGCUUAUUUCUGUAAUAUCCGAUGUUAUAGUUUUUAUCUCUGCCUUUGUUCGUCAAGAUGGUGUAAAAAUACCACUCCACGAUAUGGUGAUGUUUUUUAUUCCUUUAAUUUUCAAUGGAGAUGGUCCUUUUUAUUCUCAAGCAAAUCUAGAAUUUGGUUCAAUUUCAUUUUUUAUUUCUUUUGCUUUAAAUUUAAUCCUCAUUACUUUAAGUGUAGGUCUUUUUAAAAAAUGCUUCAAACCAGAUAGUAACACUCGUCCAAAACCACCAAUCCUCAAUCUACAAAAAACUAUUGACCAUUUACAAAAUAUUAAUUAUAGAAUCAACCAAUCAAAUAGUAUUAUCAAUAACACCAUCUUCAAUAAUGAGGAAAAAGAAAAUAAUGAUUCUAACGAACCACUUCUUUAA